UCAGCGAACGCGGCGGCGAGGGGAGGGCGGGAGGAGGGAGAGCGGACGCUGGGGGCGGGGAGGGGCGCGGGGCUGCGCGCUCGCCGGCGCUCUCUUUCGGUUUGGUCCGCGGCAGAAGGAGAGGGGAUCCCCCCCUCCACCCCCACUUUGAAGCUUUUUCCUCGGCGCGUCCCCGCCGCCCCUCGGUCCCGGCGCGGGGCUCGGGGAUGCCCGCCAGCAUGUUCAGCAUCGACAACAUCCUGGCCGCCCGGCCGCGCUGCAAGGACUCGGUGCUGCCGGUGGCGCCCAGCGCCGCGGCUCCCGUCGUCUUCCCGGCCCUGCACGGGGACUCGCUCUACGGCGCCGGCGGCGGCGCCUCCUCGGACUAUGGCGCCUUCUACCCGCGCCCCGUGGCCCCCGGCAGCGCAGGCCUCCCGGCCGCGGUCGGCGGCUCCCGCCUCGGCUACAACAACUACUUCUACGGGCAGCUGCACGUGCAGGCGGCGCCCGUGGGCCCGGCCUGCUGCGGAGCCGUGCCGCCGCUGGGUGCCCAGCAGUGCUCCUGCGUCCCGACGCCCUCAGGCUACGAGGGCCCAGGCUCGGUGCUGGUGUCCCCGGUGCCACACCAGAUGCUGCCCUACAUGAACGUGGGCACGCUGUCGCGGACGGAGCUGCAGCUGCUCAACCAGCUGCACUGCCGGCGGAAGCGGCGGCACCGUACCAUCUUCACCGACGAGCAGCUGGAAGCGCUCGAGAACCUCUUCCAGGAGACCAAGUACCCAGACGUGGGUACGCGCGAGCAGCUGGCCCGGAAGGUGCACCUCCGCGAGGAGAAAGUGGAGGUCUGGUUUAAAAACCGCCGUGCCAAAUGGAGGCGGCAGAAGCGGUCCUCGUCGGAGGAGUCGGAAAACGCCGAGAAGUGGAACAAGACAUCGUCGAAAGCCUCGCCCGAGAAGAGGGAAGAGGAAGGUAAAAGCGAUGUGGACUCGGACAGCUGACGGCUGCGGGCCGGCCGUGGCGCUUGCCUAACUCGAAGGACUUGCACAGACAGACGAUGCUACUUUCUUGCACACGCGCUGCCUUGCGGGAGGGGGUCGAGAAAGGAAGGAAGAUCUGUAAAUAGUGUACAGAGCCGGGAGGGUGCGCGCCUGGGGUCGCCGUGCCGCGCCGGGGCUCCGCAGCCCCGCAGUCCGAGGCCGCGCGCGGGCGCCUCGCUCCCCACCGUAGUAUUUAUAGCUAAGUUAACGGUGACAAUACAAUAAAAUGAUGGCGAUGUAGACGGGCCACAUUCUGUAUUUCGUACCCCACCACCAGUACCAUCUGAGGCCUGAAAAGAAAUCUAUUUAGUCUGUAGCUUCAGAAGAAAAGUUGAGCAGCUCUGACCUGUCCAAAGGAGGGGGCGGGGGGAAGAAAAGAAAAAGGAAGAAACUCUGGGUAUAAAUCAGGCACAGGACAGAUGGGUGUCCUAGUUUUAAAGUAAACUUAGUCUCUCGUCUCCGGGAAGGGGUGGAGAGUGGCAUUGCCGGCGUUGGGAAGGCAGCAUUGCUGGUGAGAGGGGGCAGCCGGCAGCUGGGGGUUCCUGUUCCCUUCGGGAUAACCGGGACUCUUUUCUUCCUCGCCACUGACCCGAAGCUGUAGCGGGAAAGCAGGGUCCACCGGAGUUGAGGGAACCUGGGGUUCUCUCCUGAGCCCGCGAUCCUCAGGCCUCCCGCGAAAUCCCCAGACUUAAGGCUGCGGAUCCAAGGGUGGAAGCUGCGCCCUCUCUCCGGACGCUUUCCUGCCUCUGUCAUGGUCACUCCCGUUACCCCUCUUCUCCAGGGCCUUUCUGCCCCACAACCAUGCUCGGCACCUCUCCCGCCAGUCGGCUCCCAGCAGCGCACCCCUGGGCCGCCCAGGGACCUGGCGGCGCUGGGGCGGGUUGUCCUUCCUCCUGGGUGUCUGGGGUGGCCAGGGCCUAGCCCUGCGUUCUGACGUUCUGUUUGCCAGCGGGGUCUAAGAGCAGGCGGGGUGACAGCAUCACGGCCAGGUGGGAGUGCUGACCCUCCCUCUUUCUCCAGCGACUGUCUCCCUGCUUCACUGGCUGGGGCCAGAAGAGGAGCACCCCGGGAGCUUGCAAAGGCCUGGAGAAGCUCCCGUGUGCGGGAUGAGCUCUUGGGACCAGACCUUGCAUUCUGUACGGUUGCACGGACCAUGGUGGGGGAGGGGGUACGGGAUGGAGGCCAAGGGCCAGUAGGAAUGGCUUUUAUUUAAUGCGUUCAUCUUUUGAUUUUGCAUUAAAUCCAUUUCAUAGACAAGGAAGCUAGGGCUCAGAGUUUCUGCUGCUGGGGCCCAGGUGACCUCGCUCGUGCCCUGGGCUGCCUCUGGUAUUUGGUGGAAGGUCCCUGCCGGGGAAGGCUGUGCAUUCUUGCUGUGGGACAUAGUGCCCCAAAUAAUAGCUUUUUACAAGAAGUGGUAUUUUUCCACUGCUUGUACUUUUAAAAGGUCAAAGUGACUCCUGGAGCAGGUGAAAUGACAUUUAGGACAUCUGGAGCGACACCCAAUCCUGCCUUUUUCAUGAGGAGCAUCUCUAAGGGAAAGAAGGAGGCAGCCGUUUGGAGGCCAGGUUGGCCUCAAGGGGCAAGAUGGCCCAUAUCCAGCCUCCGUCAUUUGUGACCUUGGGCAGGUUACUAACCCCUCUGCUCCUUGCCUUUUCUGCCUGUAAAAUGGGCACAGGAAGAGCAUCUGCAUCCCAGGGCCGUUGGGAAUAUGAAAGGCGCAAACUCGUGUAGAAUGGUACCUGUGUAGGGGAAUCCUUCAACACAGCUACUUAUUUUUUUAAAACGUUAUGAUUUAUAUUGUGUCAGUCUCAGCACUUCCAGAUUUAUGUACAUCAUCUCAGUUUUACCUUUCAGGAACUCUGAGAUGGGGAAUGUUUUCACCACUUUGCGGAUGAGGAAAUUAAGAUUCAGAAAGGUUAAGCAUUUUAAAACAUUCAGCUCGUAAGAAAUAGGGGGCAUCAUCUUUGCCCAAGUGAGUCGUAGACCGUAAUUGGGAAUGUUGCCACUAAUACCAGUUCUGCUGAGAAGUACUCAAAGGAGCCGCUGCAUUAAUUUCAAGAGAAUCUUGCAAUGGCUGUUAUUUUCUCCCUCCCUUAGACAUCAGACUUCCAGGUGCCUGCCCUGCACCCCUACCCCUUCAGCACUGUUUUUGGAUGCUGCCCUCUGUCCCAUUGGAGAGGGUGAGCCUGUAGGGGAGUCCAGGAUGAGCCCUGACUCCCACUCCUCCUCCAGUACUCCAUUAUUCUAGAACAUUCUAACACAGGACAGAAGCAGGCAGCAGCAUUCUACCCUGAGAGAUCUGACAUCUCCAGAACUCUUUUUAUAAACUUCUGCCUGUCUCUUUGUCCAUGAUCUACUCUCAGACUUCCUAUAAAAAGGAUCCUGCAUUAAAAAAAAAAAAAAAAAAGCAUUUGUGUAGUCUGGAGAAGGGUCACCGGGAACUGACAGGGAGAGAGGGAUUGAGGGGCAGGGGGGAGGGUUUUCAGAAAUGAGCACCUGGUGGAAAUCCACGAUGAGUGGGUGUGCACGGGGUGGGGCGAGAGCCAGAGAGCUGCUCCCAGCUUGGCCCUGGGCAGGCCCAAGGUGGCAGGAGCAAGCUGCUUCCCUUCCACUCUCCACGUCUCCACGCGGGAGGCCCUGCGAAGUGCUUCAGUACUCGCCCAGCUCACAGGAAAUAAACGUCUGGAGUGAAGAGGGAAAUGUCAGGAUGUUCUGUGUAAUUAUGGUCCACCCGCCUCCCGCAGGCCCCAGUCAGCCGUGGGGCUCACAUCUCUGUCUUAGCCUGGCUGUUGGAGCUGGGGAAGGCCGAGUGGCGUCACGGAGCAGAAGGCAGAGGGGCUUUAAGAGUCAUCUUUGGGCCUUGUCAUCGCGGGUGGUGGGAAUUGGGAUCAGGGUGGUGGAAAGUGGCGAGUGUACGUGUUCAAGCAGGCAAGGCAUUAGCCAGGGGACUGCCUAAGUGGUUUCCAGUCUGGACCACACCUCGCCCCCAACUGAUGGUGUUCUCCCCAUUUCACAGUUGAGCAAACUGAGGCACAAAGUUAACACAAAGGGUCCAAAUGAGAACUCACCUGCAAGGGGUCAGGCUCUUGUGAUCUCCGUAAAUCAGGCUGCCUCACAGAACCCAGGCCAUUCUUUUUGGUGGUGGUACAAGCUGUGGAUGAAAGUUCCCCAACAACGAAUGACUACAGGAGUGAGUGCAGCCACCCCAAGGGACACAGGAAUUAAUCUGCUAAGUGCCAGGCAGACUCUGGCAAAGAGCAUCAAUGACAAUUAUAACCCCUUUUGUCAGUCUGGCACUUUCCACUGCAAAGCCCUUCCACACACACACGCCUCGGGCCCUAAGGAGGUGGGAAUCGCAGCCCAUUUUGCAGAUGGGAAAUGGAAGAUCAGAGAAACGCUUUGCCCAAGACACAUAGUAAGUGGCAGAGCAGACCCUGAACCCCCAGACCUCAGCAGAUUCUCCCUGCACACCUCCUGGGGUAGUGACACGGGAUGGGGUAAUGGCUUCUGGGUGCCCCAAGUCCCCCGGGCCAAGGAGAGCCCUGGCUGGAAGGAGCUCACAGAAGCUGGGCGUGUGUGGGAAGAGAUGGGGAUUCCUGGCCUCUUGAGUGCUCUGUGGAGGGGCCUUCCCACCGUCUCAGCAGUCAGCCCUGCGUGGUGAGGCAGAAAGGCUUGAAAAGAGUUGCUUUCCAGACUCACAGAGUCUCUCUCCAUGACAGUUCUUUAAUCAAGUUGGCUUUUACUGACUUGAACUUUGAGCUAAGGUUGUAAGCCUGGUGUGAAGGAUGUCGUUUUAAUGGGCGUGUGUGAGGUCGAAGCUGGCCGAUUCCUCCUCUCUGUUUCUUGGCGUGUGGAGGGCAACUGGGGGCUGGGAAGUAGAGGCGACAGGGGGCCCUUUUUCUGAAGUGCAUGAGAUUUUAAGAGUGAGUCAGGUUAAAUAGCUCAGGCACCAAGACCCCCACCCAAGAGCCUGAGGUCCAUUUCUCAGGUCCCCAAAAUUCACUCUCCUUUUCAUUGCACAUCCCAUCAGUCACCUCCUUAAGUGAAAGGAGGAGUGUAAAUGUGAGCUUCCACUUUCGUGAAGAUGGGGUUCCAGCCAGGGGAGGGCAGGGCAGCCUGACGUGAUGAGUGGACAGCUGGGUGGCUGGCGUUGAAGCCACACCGGUCCAAGCCUCCAUCCAGAUGGGGUGCUGUGCUCUCCCCGAGAGCUGGGAGAGGUUCCUUGUUGUCUGUGUGUGUCCCGUUCCUUCUCACCUGGGAAGUGGGCUUGGGUGAGGAUUAGGGAGGGCUUGACAUAUUUAUUAUUGUUCUUUGAAAGACACCCUCAGAUCCAGCUUGAUCAUGCCUUGUGUAAGUAGAGUGGAAUUUGGAAUUAAGGAAUGUACCUUGUUUUUAAUUGUUGUUGGUUUAGGAGUCUAUGCAUGACCACAGGACACAAACUCUAACAAAAUUAAAUGCGAUUGCCGUGGAUUUAAGACAAGGAAGCAUCUGAUAAGGUACAAUAGGUUGCAUUCUCCCCAAGCGGUUUAGGACGAGGAGAUUUAGAGCAAAGAAGGAGGGGAUGUGGAGUGGAUUUGGAUUCGAUUUCCAAGUUUUGUGAAAUGACCUUGAAGUUUUUCAAAAGUAAAACGAAAACAAAAUGUCACAGCCAGUGCAGGGCUCCUUGAAAGUUCUGGAAGAAAUGGAUUUGGCUGAGUCUUUUGGCUGAUGGGGGCCUCUCACAAGUGUUAGGGGGCCCUGGGACAUCCCCGAGGCCUAUCCUUGGAGCCGUGUGACAACACGGAAGACCUCUGCUGGUCAUGGCUUGGUUUUAAAUCCGGGAAAUAUACAAAGCCGUUGUCUUUGCAGUCCAAAUGACCCAUGGAACAAACAGGAUGAAUUAUGGCAUGUUGCGGCAUUUUAAAGUGAGUCUAUAAUUUCUGGAUUCCAGCAGACCUCAUUCGUUCUCAAGUGUCCAGCCCUGGGAAGCAUCAGUGGAGGGAGAUCUUAAAAAUUCCUCUCGCAGCCGCUCCUCCUCUCCCUAGGAGCUCGUUCCAUUUAUACCUUCUGUUUUCUUAAUUCGGAGGUCCUCCGGAGUCUGUUGACCAAAUCAAGCAGCAGGGUUGAGCGGAGUGAAUUGCAUUUCACGGAGCGCGGGCACCCCCUCCCUUAACCUGGGCUGAUUUAUAGAAGCUAUAAUUAGUGGGGUAAUUUUAGCUGUGAUGGACAGAGUUUAAAAGCGUCCAUCUCGUUUCCUCACUGAUUUACUAGUUGUAUAACGCUGAGCCCAGGAAAUGCUUCAACCCUGUUGCAUUAUCAGCAAGGCCGACCCCAGAAAAGGCCACUGCAGGUUAAAGAGACAAAUUCUCCUUGUUGAACUGAGGAAGGCUGAGUUUCUCCAGCAUGAACAUUCUUUCCCCACGCUCGCAGUACUCAGAAAUAACACAUGGUAACUUGUUUAACAUUUUUAGGGGGGAGGGUGGGGUAGGACAGAAAUAUCUUAAAAAUAAGAAUUUUUCGGAGAAAAGACCCAUGUUGUUCAGCAGCCUGUGGUGAGAAAGAUGGUGUGGCCACAGGUGCAGUGUCCCAAACAGGCUGCACAGGGGCAGUGGUUCCCCGCGGCCGCAGAGUCGCACGGAGAAUUGGCGUGCUGGCGCGGGCGUUCCUCCUGAGAAGUGAGUUUGCGGGCUUGGGGGCCCCCUGCACAGCCAGGCAGCAGCUCACUACUGGGACAGCCUAGGGACCAGCGUGGUCUGAAUCACACUGGGUGGUGUAUGACCAGCCAGCCUCACGGGGACUUUAAUCGUGUCCCAAACGAAUUAUCGAUAUCACCAGGCAAAGCCAGGAGAAACUUUCCAGAUGGAGUAUGGCUAAUCCUGCUUUGAAAAUCCUCAAAGUGCUAACUAUGGGACCAGAAAAAUAAAACUGCCCUUUUCCAAGAGACAGGGAGGCCCAGAGCAUUUGGAAAGUCACCCUCCGAGGCAAGGAAGACUCAGAACUCUGUGAAGUCGGGAUCCCAGCUGGUUGUUUCAUCUGAAGAUGAUCCGAGCACAGCCAGAUGGCUGGGACAUUAGGGGAUGCGCGUGUUCAACGUUGUUUUGUAUUUGAGGAAUAAAUAUUUAAAUCUGAAACCAAGCGAAUCACUUUCUACUGAAGUGGGCAGGAAGGAAAGUUGUGUGUGUGUGUGUGUGUGUGUGUGUUGAUGUCAUGUCCCGCUCCCCGCAAUGUAACCCUAGCAUGCACGAUUCCUGCCACACCCGGAACCUUCCAAGAGAUUGUCCCCCCUCCAUGGGCGCAGGACGCCAGGAGCGUGGUAACACUUCCUCUGGUUUUUUAGGCUCACUGUUUUUCUUUCGUGUCUGUUUUCUCUGCGAGAGGACAGCGGACGUGCAUGGACUGAAACGGAGACCCCGUCCCCAUGUCCUCAGUUUGAUGAGACCCUCUUGGUUUUGUUUCAGUUUUGUCCUGUGUGGUAACUGGACUCUGAUACAAAUGUGAGCGGAUGAAAACUUAACCCUUUUCUUGACUGCAAUUAAAAGACUCUGAAGAGAUCAAA